AUGUCGCUUUUUGGUCAGAGCUCCGGCGCUCCCUCUGGAGGAGGCGGCUUGUUCACCGGCUUAAGCUUGAACACUGCUGGCGGCGGUACCGAUGCCCAAGGCAAGCGCAAAUCUAUCUUCGAUGCCUCGACCUCUCAAUCGAAUGCCUCACAACCGCAACAGUCGUCUGGCCUCUUCGGAAGCCUAGGGGGAUCCACAGCUCAAAACACCUCCAGUGGCUCGCUCUUUGGUAGCGGUGCGGGUGGCAGCAACAUGACGAAGUCCAACUCCUCGCCGUUUGGCGGCGCCAGCCAGGCUCCGGCCUCUACAGCAGGUUCUUCAUUGUUUGGAAACACAACCACGGCUGCUCCCUCAGGAGGUGGACUGUUCGGUUCCGCUCCAGCCACAAGUGCACCACAAGGAGGCGGUCUGUUUGGCUCAACUACAACCACAAGCGCACCUCCGGGCGGUGGCCUAUUUGGCACAAACACCACUGCAUCGGCACCAUCAGGAGGCGGUCUCUUCGGCAACACUGGUACUACAGGCGCGCAGUCGAACCCGAUGAGUAGCUCUACAUUGUUUGGCUCGAACACUACCACAACGCAGCCAAGUGGCUCAACAUUUGGUCAAUCACAGGCCAAUCAAGAUGGCCUGCAGAGUACUCAACAAGUUGCAGGCCAAAAACAGAGCAGAGAUGGCGCCUACUUCAACAGCUUACUCGAACGGCAAAAGAAAAAGGCAAAGCUGCAACCCUCCGAUCCCAACUUCCAUCGUAGUCAGCUGCCGAACCUCAAUAUGGAUCUGGGAGAUUUGGCACGCCGCGCUCAAGACCUUGGAGGCAGAGGUGCUGGUCUGGAAGUGGCUGAUAGCCGCGCUCACUACUUGCUGGCUGGAUCUGGUGUAGCCCCAGGAAGAUCAUUUCGAGGCUUCAUGUCAGGUGAGGACGAGGCUGCCCCAGAGGCUUCCACCGUCAUGCCAGACCAUGGUUUUGAAACUGAAAGCUACAUCCGCAACCUACAAGCGAAAGGUCGUGACGCCGUUAUGCGCGAGAAUAUGGAGAGAGUCUACAAGGAGGUUGACUCGUAUAUCGAGCAGACCCUUGGUGUGGAUUUUGAAGAGCAGAAGGUUCGCAUCAUGAAACACUUCGGUCUCAUCUCGGAGGAUGAAGAGGUUGGCGGUAGUGCUCAGACGUCGAGCUUUGGCAAGACCACCACUCGGGGGCCAGGUCUCACCGGCACGGCACAGCCUGCCAGGAGUGUUUUUGGUCGAUCUGGAUUAAACAAAUCCAUCAUCGGCACUGCUGGCUCCAUCAAUGGAACCUCCUCUUUCUUCAAGGGCAGUACUUCACCAACCAAAGGCGGCACCUUGCUUAGAGGCCAGACGGCUCGAGACCUACGAGACAAGGAGAGGCUGUUCGUGGAGCAAGUCGAGGAGUUCAACAAUGCGAGGUUAAAUCGUCCUGAUCGCGCUUCUUAUCCGAUAAUGGAGAAGUUUGGACAGGUGGAAGCCAGCGCUGGUGGUGACAGCCCUCCCCAGCUCGUUGAUGCCUACAAGGCACUUCGCGAGAUUACCCGCGAGGGCAGCACCUCUUCAAACGUAUCUGAACGCCACUAUGCCCCUAGAUAUGUGCACAACUCUACACCGGGCGUGCCCGAAGAGCUACGCACACAAAUCCUUGAUGGCUCACGGACUCAUUUGGAGAAAGCCUUCUUUCGCGAGCUUGAGAGCGUCAUUGAGAAGAGUCCUCGUGAAGCCCAGCUUGGUGGCCAACCUACGAUUACCAACAAAAUCAGAGCCUAUAUACGAGUCCGUGCCUCGCGUCGCGACCUGGCUCCUGACGGUGCAGAGCUGCAGCAAAUUGGGGACACUGGGGAGUAUUGUUGGAUCCUCAUCUUCUACCUACUCCGGACCGGCUUUGCUAAGGAAGCUGCGCAAUACGUCCAAGAUGAUGCCGCUUUCCAGUCCACAGACAAGCGCUUUGUCUCGUACAUGACCCACUAUGCCAACUCACCUGAUCGGAGACUACCCAAGAACUUACAAGGCAUGAUCGAUGGAGAGUAUCAACAGCGUGCCAAGCUUGCGCCUAAGGGCUCGGUCGAUCCCUAUCGCAUGGCCUGCUACAAGCUUGUCGGCCGCUGUGAUACGGAGUCCAGGAACCUUGAUGGUAUUGGACAAGGAGUCGAAGAUUGGCUAUGGUUACAAUUUGCUCUGGCACGAGACCCACCUCGCGAUGAAGAAUCUGGACAACCGUUUGGUCUCGAGCAAAUUCAAGAGACUGUCAGCGAGAUCGGCGAGAAGCACUUCCAGAGAGGUCAAGCGGAUGCAUCCACUGCAUACGGAACGUACUUCCUCAUGCAAGUACUCUCCGGCAUGUUCGAGCAGGCUGUCGACUAUUUGCACACCUUCAACCCUGUCAGUGCCGUCCACUUCGCAAUUGCGCUUAGUUACUAUGGGCUGCUACGGACCGUGGCUGACUUCAGUGCAGCCGGCAACGAAUUAUUGUACAAAUCGACGACGGAUCAAAGCCAGAUCAAUUUCGUGCCCCUGAUCGCCUACUACACUGCAACUUUCCGCAUUGCGUUACCGGUUGCAGCUGUCGAUUAUCUAUGUCUCAUCUGUCUCAACUCCGACCUUACUCCUGCUGCACAAGGCCAGAACCAGACUCGUGCUUGCCACGAAUGUCUGCGCGAGCUUUGUCUAGAGACGCGAGAAUUCGCCCGUCUCCUGGGUGACAUUCGAAGUGAUGGCGCUCGUUUGCCAGGUGCUAUCGAGCAGCGUGCUCCUCUCAUCAAGAUUGAGACGCGCGACGAGUUUCUGCGCUCCAUCACAACCCAGUCCGCGGCCAUUGCGGACCAGCGCGGACAGAUUGCCGAUGCUGUACUGCUGUAUCAUCUUUGUGAAGAAUACGACAAUGUGGUCAGCGUUCUCAAUCGGGCCCUGGCUGAUGCUGUGACACUCGAUCUCGGCGAAACACCUAUGCAGCUCCAGCCGCUCAAGCCUCGACGUGAGCAAAGAACACCGUCACUUGACAGUCCCCAGGGUCCCGUCUCGUCUCUCUCGCUUACACAGUCUACCACAUCUCCGGUCGAGCUUGCCAAGAAUAUGGCCGCCUUGUACAACCGAGACGAGUCAUACUUUGGAAAGAUCUCGAGCGCCAAUCGGGAGGUCUGCGGAGGCCUCUUGAGACUGGCUGCUAUCCGUGGUCACCUGGAAUCGGAGCCGCCCAAAUACAUGCCGGCUCUUCAGGAGCUUAACGAACUCGGUGUCUUGCCUCUUGAAGCCAAGGGAUCGAUACCAACUAUCCGGGCGGCUGCCUCGGCUUUUGGUUCUAUGCCUCCCCUCUUGGCUAGGUGCAUUGGGAUUGCGAUUGUGUGGGCGGUCAAAGCGAUUGGUGGGGAGCGAGAGCGCAUUGUUCGGCAAGGAAGCUGGGAUGCGGGUUAUGGUAAUGAUGGCGACGGCGUUAAAGAGCAAUUAGGGAGCAUGGCCAAGGAUCUCAUGGUCUUUGCCGGUUUGGUGAAGUACAAGCUUCCAGCAAGAGUGUACGACAUGUUGACGAGGGCGGGUGGCGAUGUUGGUGGAUACUGA